AUGAGACUUAUCAAGAACACCCAGCUUCCCGAGAAGCCUCAGUACCCUGGCGUCGAACCCUCCUCUGGCAUCGACCUCGAAGUUUUGAAAAGUCUUCGCGAAAAUUGGUUGAAUAAGUUUGACUGGGAAAAGGAGCAAGCAUAUUUGAACAGGUUCGUGAACUAUUUCAUCAAGGCACAAUUAACAUUUGAGUCUUACAUUCUAUGUAGCUUUAAGCACUUCACGGCCACGAUUGAAGGAUUAACCAUUCACUUCGUUCAUAAAAUCUCCGAUGAUCCAGACGCAAUCCCGUUGCUCUUGACUCACGGCUGGCCUGGCACGUUCAUGGAAUUUUUACCCGUUAUCGACCCAUUGACGCAGAAGGCCAAGACGUCAACAGAAAAGCCAGUCUCCUUCCAUGUCGUCGUUCCAUCCCUCCCAGGCAUCGCCUUCUCGACCUCACCACCUGGAAACUGGACAUUAGCUGACACAGCCCGCGUUUUUAACACUCUCAUGACAGAUGUUCUUGGAUAUGACACCUUUGGCGUUCAUGGAACAUCUAUUGGCGGGUUUCUGGCAUUUACUCUGUACGAUACUUUCAACACCACAACAAGGGCUGCACACUUUCCUGUCGUGCCCUUCUACUGCUCCACCUCUGAAGAAAUCGCGGCGCGAGAAAUUACGCUCUCGCCGCUGGAACAGUUUGAACACAAGCGAGCGAUGGAUUGGACCUAUAAUGGCACCAGCUAUGUACUUAUGCAUAUAUACAAGCCGAACACGAUUGGCCUCUCUCUGUACGACAACCCUGUGGGUCAGCUGGCCUGGAUGGGCGAGAAGUGGAUAGACUGGGCUGACGUCAGGGCUGGAGAGUGCCCCUCCCGGCUUACCCACAACGAGAUCCUGCGCAGUAUCUCACUAUACUACUUGACUGACUCAUUUAUGCCGUCUGUGUAUAUGUAUGCUCAAGACCCCGAACUUCCAUUUAGGGAGGGGACAUACCGGAGGGCGCAUACGGACGCGCCGAUGCUGGUGAGCUUUUUCAAGUAUACGGUUGGUUUCUGGCCCGAAGAUGUGUUGCGGAUGAUGGGAAAUCUGGUCAUGUACCGAAACCACGAGUUUGGGGGCUUUUUUGCUGGUUUGGAGAACCCGCCUGAUCUGGUUGACGAUCUGAGGGAAAUCGGAACUUAUUGGACUGGUUAG